AUGUUCUUUUACGAAAUGAUUCAAAAACAUGAAAUUCAAAUUCCGAUUAACAAGGAUUUGUUGGUAAAUUUUGAUACAAAUUGUAGACGAUCUAAUAAAUUAAUAAGACCAUCAGCGAACUCAGAGUCAGUACGAAAUCUGAUUUCACUAGAAGAAACAAUGCACCUGCAUCCAACGUACUCCUCUCUCUGUCUCACAGACAUGCACGAACUUCUGCAUAACAUCGUUGCCAGGCAUUAUUUCAUUGACUUUCUUAAAAACGAUACUAUGUCCUUAAAAUUGGUUCAAACUUGGAUAGAUGUCCAAAACAAGGCGAUGUUUGCCAACUCGUGUUAUCUGCAAGACGUCCUUCAUUCGAGGAGCAGUAAUUUGAACGUUGGCUCCAUCGGUGCUGCUCAAUCGAAGCGUGAUAAAAUUAACAAAUCAGCUUCCCUCAAUCGAAACAUCACCAUCAACAAUCGAAUAAUGAAUCACAACUUCAACGAUGCACCUCUCAAUUCAUGCAGCGUUAUUUAUAGCGGUAAGGACAACGUCAAAAUUAGUAGCUGCAGUAAAAUGAAUCAGUUUCGUGAUAAACAAGUCUGUUCCAAAUUAGAACAGAACAACGAUAACGACGAACAAGCUGGUUGCAUUUCUAACAACAAGCAAACAUCAUCCGUUCACACGAGCGGCGGUAGAGAGGCAACCAGCAAAAAACAUAGACCGAAAUCUGAAGUGUGUGUCAUUUCUUAUCCCUCCACCGAAUCCGUUCAAUACGCCGGAAAGUUAAACCAAAAAUUUAUAAAAAGGCCAAUUAGGAUGACCAAGGAGACCCUGCAGCCCAUGAUAGAACAUCUGCUACAUAGAAGGCACUUCAAUAAGUUCAUGCAGAGCUCACAUUUCUGGCGAUUUGUGUUAGAAGUUGUUUCCAGCAGACGACUGAAGCUAUCUGACAUCCUCUACUCAAAUGUCCUGCUCAGUUAUUUCGUUGAGUUUUUAGAAAAUGAAGAACGGGCUGAAUUGUUGAACUGUUGGCUAGCCUUAGAAACCUUCAGACAGACUUAUUCCAAUUCCAAACCGGAUCACGUGAUGACUCCGUUGGAAGCGACGAACAUGUUGGACGACGCCAGGUUCAUCGUUAGAAGAUACGUGGAGAACAAGAGCAGACGCAUGAAGUUCACGACGAACGUGAGGAAGGUGAUGGCCAUUAAGAUGAGGAGCAAUACAAUAGCUACGAACACGUUCAAACUCCUUCAAAUCAUCACAUAUAGAGCCAUGGACGACUACUUCCUUGAAUUUUUGAUCAGCGACAAGUUUUACAACUUCAUCACGAGUCUGGUCAUCAGCGGAAAGGACGAAGCCCAGGCUACGAAAUAUGAAAUCAUUUGA